AUGGUACGUGAAUCUAAUAUAUUAACAAAUGAAAAUUAUUCAAUUGAACAUAUUGCAACAAAAAUUGUUGAUAAUGAUGAUGGUAUACAAUUUGAAGAAUUACCAACAAAAGAAAAUGAAAUAAUACAUAAAGAUCAAACAAAUACAACAGAUGAUGAAUCUGGAUUUUCUGAAACAACAACAACAAUAUCAACAUGUACAUCACCAAUACAAAUAAUAACAGAUGAUGAUUAUGAAUUAGCAUCAAAAUUAACUGAUGAUAGUAAAAAAGAAUUUUGUUCGGAUAUGUGUUUAGUAUUUCAUGCUGAAUUUCAAUUAACAUUUGGUCGUUUUUUUACAUCAGAUCAAUGGAUAUUAAUGCCAUUAGGUGCUGAUGGUACAUGUAAAUUACCAAUAGAUACAUUAUGUGAUGUUGAAAUUGCUAAAGUACGUUUUGAAUGUGAAGCAUGUAAACAUUGUUGGACAUCAAUGCGUGGACAAAUAUCAUUUUUUUAUGAUUGUCAAUCACAUAUACUUUAUUUUAAAUUAUUUACACAAUAUUGUGAUCAAUGUGGUUCUAUAUCAACACCAUUAUGGUAUCCUGAAGAAGUAUGUCGUGUUAUGAAAAAUGUUUUUGUUAUUGUUCAACAACAUAUUUAUCCUGAUUUAAAAACAACAAUACAAUCAAAUUAUUAUCGUCGUUUAGGAAAUCCAAAAGGACAACAUCAUGGUUGUCAAUCAUGUCGAGAUGGUGUUUGUGUUGCAUUAGCUGCACAAGAACUUGGAUGUAAACUUGUUAAAUAG